AUGUCAUCCAACGUCGGCCUAACCACGCCCCGCGGCUCCGGCACCUCCGGCUACGUGCAGCGCAACCUCUCGCACCUCAAGCCACGCGACAACAUCGCGCCCUACCCAAAGGACUACGACUCGUUCAAGACAUACAAGCAGCGGCAGCCCGACAAGGAGAUCCUGGAGCACGACCGCAAGCGCGAGGUGGAGGUCAAGUGUUUGGAGCUCAGGGAUAAGCUCGAGGAUGAGGAGGUCGACGAGGAGGAGAUCGAGAGACAGGUCGAUGAGCUCCGCGUGAAGCUGCUGGAUGAGAUGAAGAGGGGUGCCGGCGGUGUCAAUGCCAGGGGUCUCAAGCCGCACCAGGUGCAUGAGCUGGCGGCCGCGAAGCUUGCGGAGAGCGAGAGACUGAGGAAUGCGCUGAAGAUUUCGGCGGAUUAUGAGGAGGGCAGCCAUUGGAGGAAGCAGAGCGAGAAGAAGGAGAGGAAACGGGAGAUGAGGGAGAGCGAGUAUGCGAGCCGGAAGGAGAGGGACGAGAGCCCGUAG